UGAGCCAGCCAGCUCCUUCCCUGCAAGAAAGAGCAGAGGCUUUCCCAGCUCUAUCCCCAGCCAUGGCCUUUGCAAAUCUGCGGAAAGUGCUCAUCAGUGAUAGCCUGGACCCAUGCUGCAGGAAGAUACUGCAAGAUGGAGGGCUGCAAGUCGUGGAGAGGCAGAACCUGAGCAAGGAAGAGCUGAUAGCAGAACUGCAGGACUGUGAGGGCCUCAUCGUGCGCUCAGCCACCAAGGUGACCGCUGAUGUCAUCAAUGCGGCGGAGAAGCUGCAAGUCGUGGGCAGGGCUGGCACGGGAGUAGACAAUGUGGAUUUGGAGGCUGCUACGAGGAAGGGCAUCCUGGUGAUGAACACUCCCAACGGAAACAGUCUCAGUGCAGCUGAACUCACCUGUGGGAUGAUCAUGUGUCUGGCAAGGCAGAUUCCCCAGGCGACAGCAUCAAUGAAAGAUGGCAAGUGGGACAGGAAGAAGUUCAUGGGAACAGAGCUGAAUGGAAAGACCUUGGGAAUUCUUGGCCUAGGGAGAAUUGGGCGAGAGGUGGCUACCCGGAUGCAGUCCUUUGGAAUGAAGACCAUAGGGUAUGACCCCAUCAUUUCCCCUGAGGUCUCUGCCUCCUUUGGAGUUCAGCAGCUGCCCCUGGAAGAGAUCUGGCCUCUGUGUGAUUUCAUCACGGUACAUACGCCUCUCCUGCCCUCCACCACAGGUUUGUUGAAUGAUGGCACCUUUGCUCAGUGCAAGAAGGGGGUGCGUGUGGUGAACUGUGCCCGGGGAGGAAUUGUGGAUGAAGGGGCCUUACUCCGGGCCCUGCAGUCUGGUCACUGUGCUGGAGCUGCUCUCGAUGUGUUCACAGAAGAACCACCUCGGAACCGAGCCUUGGUGGACCAUGAGAAUGUCAUCAGCUGUCCCCACCUUGGGGCCAGCACCAAGGAAGCCCAGAGCCGCUGUGGGGAGGAAAUUGCCAUCCAGUUCGUGGACAUGGUGAAGGGGAAAUCUCUCACGGGUGUUGUAAUGCUCAAGCUCCUUACCAGUGCUUUCUCUCCACACACAAAACCUUGGAUUGGUCUGGCAGAAGCAUUGGGGACCCUGAUACGAUCCUGGGCUGGGUCCCCCAAAGGAACCAUCCACAUAGUGACACAAGGAACAUCCCUGAAGAAUGCGGGGAACUGUCUGAGUCCUGCUGUCAUUGUUGGCCUUUUGAAAGAAGCUUCCAAGCAGGCUGAUGUGAACCUGGUGAACGCCAAGCUGCUGGUACAGGAGGCCGGCCUCAAUGUCACCACUUCGCAUAACCCUGCCGUGCCAGGGGAGCAGGGCAGUGGGGAAGGCCUGCUCACUGUGGCCCUGGCAGAUACCCCUUACCAGGCAGUGGGUUUGGUGCAGGGUACUACACCCGUGCUCCAAGCGCUCAAUGGAGCUGUCUUUAGACCAGAAGUGCCUCUCCGCCGGGGCCUGCCGCUGCUCAUGUUCCGAGCUCAGUCCUUCAGCCCUGCCAUGCUGCCUACCAUGAUUGGCCUUCUUGCAGAGGCAGGUGUGCAGUUACUAUCCUACCAGACCUCCGCGGUGUCAGAUGGGGCCACCUGGCAUGUCAUGGGCAUCUCCUCCCUACUGCCCAACCUGGAUGCAUGGAAGCCGAACGUGACAGAGGCUUUUCAGAUUCACUUCUGACCCCGAGAUGCUUCUUGGAGUCCAGCCUCGGCGACUUUUCAGAUGCAGCUGGCCUGCCACACUUAGCAGGGAGAACAGAGCCUCAUUCCUGGGGCUGGUACUGGUUAGGCCACUGCAGAUUGCUGAAUCAUCCAGCCUUUCUGGAACAGAAGCAACCACCUAAUAAAGUGCCUGCCCCAAAUUCCUUCCUUUGCAGUGUUAUUAGCCUGAAGACCCACUCCAGGAAACAUGGGCAAUCCUGAGUUUGGGAGGUGGUGAGGUAGGGUAGGGAGAGAUACUUUUUGGAGCAUCUCUGUUUAUAUUUCUAGGGUAUUUCAUAGCCCUUCCAUUUGGGGAAUUACAUACUAAUAAACAAUUCAACCUAGAUAA